AGGCGCAGUGCAACAAGCUGCAGGACAUGACGAACGGCCACCACAUCGCGGCCCGCGACGCCGCCGCGCGCAGCUCGCAGCUGGAGGGCCAGCUGCGGGAGGCCCAGCUCCGGGAUCAGGCCCGCGAGGAGCAGCACCGGGAGCACGCCGCCUCCCUGCGCGAGCUGGAGGCCGCGACGGUGCGGCUCAAGCAGCGGGAGGUGGACCUCGCGGACGAGUGCGCGCAGCUGCGCCAGUCGGUCUCGGAGUUUGCCGCAUGCAAGGAGGAGCUGGAUAGAACGAGGCGGCAGGAAGCCGACGCCAGGGGGGAGCUCGAGCGCCUGCGGCCCAAGUUCCACGAGCUGCGGGAGAUGUCGGUGGCGCGCCACCAGCGCACCACCGCCCUCGAGGCCGAGGUGGAGCGGCUCCGCCUCCUGGAGUCGAAGCAGGAGGCCCUGAUCCUCCGCAUGACGCGGAGCGAGCAGGAGCAUCUGAGUCUGAUCGACGGGCUCAAGGAGCAGCAGGCGCAGCAGGCGCAGCUCCAGGAGCAGCAGCUCCUGCAGCAGCAGCAGCUCCUCAGCUGAAGAAGUUGCCCAUGAGCGUGGACACUGCGGAGCCCAGCGGCGCUGGGCAGUCGCCAGGAGGCACGCCGCUCGGCGCCGUGGCGCAGGCGGCCCCGCAGCACUCGCAGGUCUCGAGGAUGCUGUCAG